AAUAUACCGGGGACAAACAUAAGAACUUAUUAUUGCGCCAUUGUCAAAUUAGAUUGAUUUAUUAACAACUGAUAAUACUCUCUUAAUAUUUUCUGUGUCGAAUCCAUUGCGUCCCAGAAUUCGCUGAAUGGGAGUGGAGGUAAUAUUUGUGGCUAACAAACUGCAUCUAUAUGUAUCUGAUAGCCCGACCCCCAAUUUCCCAUGCAUGCAAGACGGACAGAACUGGGAAAUGCUUAAGAAAAAAAGAAAGGCUGUAGCUUUGUAGUUUAAGAUGUAACCGGACUGCUGACAAACAUUGGCUUUUAUUUUGAAAAGGAGAGUCCAGCUAUCCAGACUCUUAAUUCAUGAGUUAUAAAGAAAAAUGCAGCUGUCUCAGAUCAACAUACAAAUAAAACAAAAACCACCCAGAGUCUUUGAAACACGUAUAGCGCUAACGUCACACUGACCCACAGAAGUAGCAUAAUGAUGUUUUCCAAAGGUGUGUCACAUGUUGCAUGGUGUAUGACAGACCUAAUCAUCUUAGUUAUUCCGGCCUGAAGUCUGCUUAAAUGACUAGUAGGCCACCAGUAACAUGACAAUUAUAUUCAUAAAAGUUCAGAGAAUUUAUGUCUAGGAACCAGCUGUAGUUGAGGGCAUCUACCAAUAAGAAUAAGUGAAUUUUUUAGGGUGUGAAGACAUAUGAAGGGAUAUCUGCUGUAGGGCCCAGUAGCCCCUAAUAUUGGGUAUAUCCAUAUUAGUCCAUACAUGACACUAAAGUGUAGCUAGGACCUCAAUAUCAUGUUCUCCUCAUUCCAAGACACAUGGAUCUAUUUCUGAGCAGCUGUGAGGUUUCCCUUCCAAACUUGACGAGCAGCUAUAGUUAACCCAGCUGCCUGGAGGUAUAUAAGCCCCCGGGGAACUGUGCUUUCAUGCGGCUUCACAUUUUCUUCUCUUUUUCGACCGUUCCAACUCCUCACACCGUCGGGAAAUGGCACCCAAGAAGGCCAAGAGGAGGCAGCAAGGCGAGGGUGGGACCUCCAACGUGUUCUCCAUGUUUGAGCAGAGCCAGAUUCAGGAGUACAAGGAGGCUUUCACAAUCAUUGAUCAGAACAGGGACGGCAUCAUCAGCAAGGAUGACUUGAGGGAUGUGCUGGCAUCCAUGGGUCAGUUGAACACCAAGAACGAGGAGCUGGAAGCCAUGAUCAAGGAAGCCAGCGGUCCCAUCAACUUCACCGUCUUCCUUACCAUGUUCGGCGAAAAGCUGAAGGGCGCUGACCCGGAGGACGUCAUCGUGAGCGCUUUCAAGGUCCUGGACCCACAGAACACGGGCACCAUCAAGAAGGAAUUCCUUGAGGAGCUCCUGACCACUCAGUGCGACAGGUUCUCCGCAGAAGAGAUGAAGAACCUGUGGGCCGCCUUCCCCCCCGAUGUGGCUGGCAACGUGGACUACAAGAACAUCUGCUACGUCAUCACACACGGUGAAGAGAAGGAGGAGUAGAGAAGGAAGACAAGAAAACUGCAUCCUUUGGUUCUCCACCACUCCUCACCUCCGCCACACCCACAUUACCUCCCUCUUUUUCACUCUCUCUCUCUCGCCCUCCCUCUCUCACAAAAGAAAGACUUUACUGAGGCUUUAUUGAGAGCACAGAAGAUUCUGGGUAUCUGGGAGCUAGUACGAGGUCCAUGGGAAUAUUUUCAAUAAAAUGAUAUAGUCCCAUCCCUCAUUCUCUUAAGAUUCCUCUUCUUCCCUCCUCUGCAUCACCCCGUCUUUAUCACCCCCACCCCCCACGAACACCAGUGAGUGCAUCUCCAGCAGCCCGGCAGAAGGCAAUCCGACAGAGCGGUACAUUUACCUGCCAGAUGGUUCUUUGCAGGCUCUAUGGGAGUGCACUGAUUGCUUAAUGGAAAACAGUAAGUAAUUGCAGCUGGGGGGAGAUUUCGCCGUGUUUCACCAACUCACGGAGAACCUCGUACUGUACGGCACGCAGCCAGGGAAAUAUGCUGGACGUGAUCCUAUAAAAUAGGACAUUUCCCAUUUCUGGGAAAAGAGAAAGGGGAGUGACAGUGGGAGGGGAGGCUAAUGGUGGGAGAAGUGACUUAGCAUCCUCCUAAAAGCUGGAGCAAGCAUCGCGAGAGUGAGAGAGAGAAAGGAACUGCCGCGGAGAGGGAGAGGAAAAGCGGCCGAAAGAGAACAUAGACUCUUCGCCCCCUUUUCCUCAGCCUCCCAGCCCCCGCCCCCACGCUGGUCCACCUGUGCAUCUCAAGUGUAACACAUCACAAAACAGCUCCAUCCACUGUGAAUAAAAAGAAACUCUUUCGUA